AUGGGAAAGACGCUGAAUGAACUCAACUUUGUUAAUGGGGUACUGAAGAAUCUGCCCGUCGAUGAAGAUCACUCUGAGCAUCCGCAUACAGUGCACAAUGCCUGCUUUUCGCUAGUCAAACCCACGCCGUUGCCCAAUCCAAGGCUAGUGUGUCAUUCACUGUCAGCUCUGAAGCUAAUUGAUUUGGACGAGUUAUCAAUUGAUGAGCAGUUUGUAAGGUUUUUCACUGGCAAUGAAAUCAUUCCCGGGUCCGAGACGUUUUCCCACUGUUACUGUGGUCAUCAGUUUGGAACUUUUGCUGGUCAGUUAGGCGACGGUGCAGCCAUAUACCUCGGCGAGAUUGUCAAUUCAAAGAACGAGCACUGGGAGCUGCAGCUGAAAGGUGCCGGUCUAACACCAUACUCCCGUGAUGCGGAUGGUCGGAAGGUGCUUCGUUCGAGCCUUCGUGAGUUCCUCUGCAGCGAAGCAAUGCACAGUUUGGGAAUUCCGACUACCCGGGCAGCCACUUGCAUUGUCAGCGAUAAAAAGAUUGCUCGAGACCAAUUCUACGAUGGCAAUCCAAAGAUGGAAAACUGUGCCGUCGUCUCGCGUUUGGCUCAGUCUUUCAUUCGUUUUGGAUCCUUUGAAAUCUUCAAACCUAGGAACGUCGACUCAGGUAGUUGGGCUGUUGGCCCUAGUGUGGGCCGACACGACAUACUCGCCCAGCUAGCUGACUAUGUCAUCAAGUCACUCUUUCCUGCAAUUGACUCGAUGGAGAUUACUCAGCUGGAAAAGUACAAACUGUUUUACAAAGAAGUGGUCAUCAGCACGGCAAAGCUGACUGCAAAGUGGCAAGCUGUAGGUUUCGUCCACGGCGUCCUGAACACCGAUAACAUGUCAAUUCUCGGACUGACACUCGACUAUGGGCCUUUUGGCUUUAUGGACCGAUUUGAUCCGGAUCACAUUCCCAACACGUCAGACACAAACGGACGGUAUCGCUUCCGAGAGCAGCCUGUUGUUUGCGCUUGGAAUCUCCGCAAACUGGCCGAAGCAUUGAGACCGUUAGUGUCUCUCGAUGAGACAACAGAUAUUCUUAGUGAGCACUACUUUCCAGCACACCAAUCGGAUUUUAUGGCAAUAAUGAUGCGCAAACUGGGCCUACUCAAAAGUCUUGAGUCAGAUCAAGAAAACCUGCUCAGUGAUCAAGAAGUGCUCAGUGAAUUCUUGCAAACGCUACUCAAAGUUGGCGGCGACUACACAAACAGCUUUCGUGCGCUGAGUAAGCUUUCACUGCCCGGAAUGGAAACCUUUGACGAAGAUUUUGAGAAAACUCGUGACGAACUAAUCAAACAGUCGAGUACGCACGAUGAAAUGAAUGACUACUUCCUCAACUACAGAAUCUCGUCAAUGGUGCAAAUGAAACUGAUGCAGUUGAAGUUUUCUGGGCAAGCCGAGGCGGAAAUGGAUGACAAGACAAAGCAAAUUGUCAGUCGACUGCAGUACCACCAGUACAUAUCGGAACUGACUACUGAAGAGUAUACGAAAGAAGUCCACGAAUCGUGGGACUCGUGGCUAAAAAAGUACAUCGACCGACUGAAUCACGAGGUAGUGGGACAUGAGGAAGAGAAGGAGUUGAAGCUUCUUGAUGAGAAAAGGAAGAAGCUGAUGAAUGCAAACAACCCAUGUUAUGUGCUGCGAAACUACCUGGCGGAAGAGGCCAUCAAAAAGGCGGAAAGUGGCGAUUUUAGCGAAGCAAAGAAGCUACUGUCCGCACUGGAGGAUCCCUUCACUGAGCGAGCUGAAUUUGCGCACUACACUCAGAAACCAACCAAAUCAGCAUGUAAAUUGCGCGUAUCUUGUUCUUCUUGA